AAUGGCUUUUGCAAUAUCAUCCUUGAAAAUUUGAUAAACGAUCUCAUUAGUUCAUAGCAACAAAAAGUUUUAAUUUAAAAAUGUUGAUCUUUGUUUUUGCUCUCUAUUAUUUCAGUGCUGUUGGAUGCUUUGGCCAAUCUUUAGAUGAGGUCUGCGGCAUCAGUAAGUAUCCAGAUGCAGGGAGAGUACCUGUUGAAGGGGGUCGAACUCGAAGAAUAGUAGGCGGAGUUCCUGCUAGGGAAAAUGAGUAUCCAUGGGUGAUCUUAAUGGAUUGGUUUGAUGGGAACAAUUGGGACCAGAAUUGUGGAGCAGUCCUCAUUGAUAACAGAUGGGCGCUUAGUGCAAGGCAUUGUACAUACGCGAAUGACCCUGCGUCUGACUACGAGCUAUACACAAAAAAUCACUGGAGAUUUCCUUCUAAUGACGGCGUCGCUUACACCCCUGAAGUCAUAAUAAGGCACCCUGAUUAUGAUGAAAACACGUAUGAGAAUGACCUUGUGAUGUUUAAAUUCCCUCAGAAUUUGACAUUUGAUGAUGAUCUCCGACCUAUUUGCCUUCCACCUAGAAAUGACAGCAGCUCUUAUGUAGGGCAGACUGUCAUCAUCGCUGGAUGGGGCAAUGAAGAAAGAAACGGUCCAUCUCCAGAGCAACUUCUUUACACUGACAUGGAAGUUAUAGAUUAUGACACAUGUGCGCUGAUGCUGAUGCCCGAUGUCGUCUUUCCAACUACUAACAUAUGUGUUCUUGGAAAUGGCAAAGACGCUGGAGAUGGCGACUCAGGAAGUGUACAUUUCUACAAGAGGCCAGAUGGAAGAUUCGAAGGCAUAGGAAUCCAAUCGUGGGGUCACUGGCCCGCAGGAGAGAGACCUAGUGUCAUUGUGAGGAUCAGCGAGUAUUACGACUGGAUUGAUGAAGUUAGAGCCAACAACUAGAUCAGCAGAUUGCAUAUUUUCCUCUGUCUUUUGCCACCAUAGAUGUUUUA